GUGGCCGAUAGUAGUCCUAGUUCUUGGUAACGCGCUGCGCGCUCUCAAAGGAGGUGCGCCUGCGCCUUGUGCUCGUCUCCAUGGCGGGGCCUCGGAGCCAAGACGAGGAAAAUAAAGCAUACGUUGGAUACCUUCUCAUUACAGAAAAAAAUGCUGCUAUGAAGACAUAUAGUUUUCACAUAAAUGAAGCUACAACUAUUAUGAUUUAGUGCCCCCAAAAGGAAGAACUUCAGUGGACAAGAGAGGGCAUUUUGGGGGGUAGUAGAAUGCUUGAGGACUGGAAUUUAAACUUGAGCAACUGCCUGAAGCUAUUAAAUAAUAGAAGAAAAUGGAAUGGAAUAUGAUAUCAUCAUGGAACAGUCUGAUGAUUCAAUAAUAGUCAACCAUAAUGAUUCCGAAGAUUCGAAAACAGAUUCUCAGCAUCCAACCUAUAUGGACUCCAGGGAUCCUUCCUUUGGACAAAAUGACUCUGGUAGAGUUUUACCCAUCAAUAGUCAUGAAGCAGAUAAUUCACUCACAUCACAGAAUAUACCAGGGCCACUGACUCAAGCACAGACCCUUUCUGCGGAGCAAUUCCACCUAGUGGACCAAAAUGGGCAGCCUAUUCAAUAUGAACUUCAGUCAUUGGGGGAUUCUAAUUCACAAAUGAUGAUUGUUGCUAGCCCAUCAGAAAAUGGACAGGUGCUUCGUGUAAUUCCAUCUACACAGACAGGAAUGGCACAAGUGAUAAUACCUCAGGGGCAGCUUGUGGAUGUAAAUAGUCCUCUGGAGUCCUCUGAAGAAAAACCCAGCGACAGAAACUUACCAACUGUAAGAGUGGAUGCUCUAGCAGACAAUAACAGCAGUUACAUUCUUCAUCCUCAAGCAUCCCUCACAUUACGCAAAAAGACAGUGACCAGAAUGCUUGAAGAACCCACUCUGGCUCCUCUCCAAACACUUUGUUCUAACACACCUAUCUGGGCCUGCCGUCUUAGGAGCUGUGAGAAAAUUGGAGAUUCAUACCGUGGCUACUGUGUGAGUGAGACUGAAUUAGAAAGUGUCCUAACAUUUCAUAAGCAGCAAACACAGACUGUUUGGGGGACCCGCCAAUCUCCUAGCCCAGCCAAGCCGGCUACACGUUUGAUGUGGAAAUCCCAGUAUGUCCCAUAUGAUGGAAUCCCCUUUGUCAAUGCAGGGAGUAGAGCCGUGGUAAUGGAGUGUCAGUAUGGGCCAAGGAGAAAAGGUUUCCAGUUAAAAAAAAUCGGUGAGCAGGAAAGCAGUUCUUGUCAGCUCUAUAAAGCCACUUGUCCAGCCCGGUGGUAUGUACAGUUACCUACACAGCAAGCUCAUCAGUAUCACGAAUUAGAGACUCCUUCCCUCCCUUUAUCACCGUCCCCUUUUCCUGUGUCCUCUCUUGAAGAAGAGGAAACUGCCAUUAGAGAUGAGGAUUGUACGUUACCCUCACGUCUACACCCUCAAGUAGCACAUAAGAUUCAAGAAUUAGUAUCACAGGGAAUAGAACAAGUGUAUGCAGUAAGGAAACAGCUAAGAAAAUUUGUGGAAAGGGAACUGUUCAAACCUGAUGAGGUACCUGAAAGACAUAAUUUAUCCUUUUUUCCAACUGUAAAUGAUAUAAAAAAUCACAUCCAUGAAGUACAGAAAUCCCUGAGAAAUGGAGAUAAUGUAUAUAACUCACAGAUUAUUCCAGCAACGCUUCAAUGGACUACAGAUGGGGGGAAUAUUCUCAGAGAGACUGUGACAGUUACAUUUGCAGAAGGAAAUUCACCAGGAGAGUCAACUACCACCAAAGUGCAUACAAAUCAGACAAGGGGUUCUUUGUCUCCAGAACCAGCCCAUGUGCUUUCCUCACUUUCCUCCUUUCAGCCAAAAAUAUUCACACAGUUACAGGGUUUGCAGUUGCAACCAAGAUUCACUUCUCCUGAUGGAUCACCGACUCUGCUAUCAAUAAAUAACCACUCUUCCUCCAGUCCUUCAAGACUUCUAGACUCAAUAGGAAGUGCUGUAAUGAAUAACAAUUCUCUACUGCUUGGUCAGAGUCAUAGUCUUCAAACAGAUACAUGCCUAACCCAAAAUGAUAGUAUUGCCUCUACCAUGGGUAACCUUCCAGGACCAGAUCAAAAUCUGGUUGCAAUGGAUCAGCUGGUGGAAGUUGGAGAUGUUGAGGAAACAGAGAAUCUGGAAGGAAGUGUUGAUCGGAUUCUGUUGGAAAAUGUGCAGACCAUUCCAAUACAGAUUAUAGACAGCCACCCAGCUCUUAUUGAAGAAAAUCCAGAAGGCACCAUUUCUGUGAACCAAGUUAAGCAAGAACCCAAAGAACCAGCAUUGUCAAUGGAAGCAAAAAAAAAUUUGGACUGUAAGAAAUUAUCUGUUACAUAAGUUAUUGAAGUUUUUCAGAAUUUAACAACUCAGGUGACUUCUGAUGUCAUCAUAGAAAAGAAGGUGAAUAUUGUCAAACCACAGCAUUAUGAUAAGUGGACUGAAGACUGGUUCCAUGAGCAGCUUUGAUUUAAAAUUGAUACAUUUGUUGCCAAUUCCAUAUUUUUACAUCUUAUUUUUACUCCUCUUAUUUUGUAUCAUGCUUAUCCUUUUUGAGUAUCUGAUAAGGCCAGUAUUUCAGAAGAUCAUCUGAACUUAUCCACAGUGAUAUAGCCUGAACACAAAUGAUCAUCUAACUCAUCUGCUGAAAAUAACCAAUUUUGGCUCUUGAAAGAUGAAAACAACAACAAAGAUAGGGUGUGAGUGAGUGAGUGAGUGUGUGUGUGUGUGUGUGUGUGAUGACCUUUUUAACUUCUAAAAGAACUUAUUCUCUCUUUAAAGUUGUGAAGAAAUUUUUUAAAUUGGCAGGCAGGUGAGAGAAUAUUUGUAGUGUGUCUCAUUUGGAAAGAUAAAACAAUAGAUUUUGCACCAUAACACAAAGCCCAGCAUUCACAUCUGUGGAAACUGUGUUUGUGCAUUUUAGCUUCUUUCAUUCUAAUUUUUAUACUUAUGACUGGGAACCAAUAGGAUACUAAUGGUCAUCUGGUAGAAAUUUAAGGGUCUUGGUAAGUAAUGAGAAUUUUAACUUGAAAGAUAAGCAACAGAAAUAAAUGUAUAUUGCAUGCAUUUAUACAGUAUUGUAGUUAAAACACUAUUUAUGGGUAGAAAAAUAUAGAAAUUGAGAGAAUUCAGAAAGAAUAGUAGAAUUCUCUGAUGUUUACAGAUAAUUUGGGGAACUUUUUGAUAUCAGCAGAGGCUUUUUUUUCCCCUAUUUCGUAUUGAAGAUUCAGCUGUGGUUAGAAAAGAAUUUGAGUUGUAUUUAUUUUUUUUAUGCCAGAGUUCUUACUGAAUUGAUGGUAUCAGAAUUUAUAGUACUUCAAGUAUUUAUAGUUUAAAAUUCAGUUCAUAUUUAAAACUUUAAAACUAUUGUGUUAUAUUUUCUGUUGAGUAGGUAUAUUUACUUUAAAAACUGAAUAAGUUCUAAUCAGCAUAUUCAUCAAAAGCUUUUGUUUUCUGGAAGGUUGGUAAACUAGACAUUGUAACUGUCAAAAAAUCAAUCUAAAGGCUUUUUUUUCUCCAGAGACCAACUGUGGGUAUAUUUAAACUAAGGAUUUCAAAUGGAUAUUAAUGUUUACUAUUCAAAGCAUGUGGAAUAUAAUAUGAAAUUUAAUGAUAGUAUUUUACUUAAAUAUGAGUCUUUUUGGCUUUUCUAAGUCCAGUCUCCCAUUCUUAAUACACUUUAAUAGUUUCAGGUACACAACAUGUAUAAGUAUAAAGCACUAUUAUAUUAGAAGUGGGUGGAAUUUUAAAAUUCCUUGCUCUUUAGAUUUAUACCCUUUUUAUUAUAAAAUUUAUUAUUUAUACCCCUAUUUAAUGCAAAGUUAACAUUGUUACAUGUAUGAUUUUUUGGUAAGACUUGCUUUUCUUUUUCCUAAGAAAUGAAAAUAUUUGAUGUGGGCAUUUAUAGAGUUAGGCUGCCAAAUCUAUUAUGUUAUGCUAAGUUAAAUACAACUAUUAUUACCUCAAACCCAGAUUUCUCUUACUCGUAUGUACUUAAAGGGAUUAAGUCCAAAUUAAUUUACAGUUUAGUGUUGCAUUGUAGGUAACAUUCUUUUCAUUUGUUAUUUCUAGUUUUCAUGGAAACUUUUUCAAGAUUUUAAAUAAUAGAUCUUCACCUUUCAUUAAUGACAAUCAUUUAUUAUGAAAUAUUUCACCAAUUGAACUUUAUUUCUUAGGAGACAUUCCUUUCUUUUUUGAUGUUGAGUUGCUAAGGAGAAAUGCUUGUUAAGAUACAAACUUUAGUUACUGAUGAGGAUGAGAGAUGUCCAAGGAUUCAGACUUUGGCAUUUCAUCAGAAAUAAAACACAGUUUAAAAUAUUUCUCUCACUUCAUACUAUGUGAAUGUCUCUUCUGAUACUGUUUUUUUUUAAAAUCAUGUUGCAGUGCAUCCCCCCCCCACAAAAGAAAAAAAAGAGCAUAAAGGAAGGUUUAAAUCCCUAAUUGUAUACUCUUUUGGUUUUUAGGUAGAAACUGGAACUAUCAGUAUUUCAUGUAAGUAUUUCAAUGAGUAGCUCUUUAAAAAUGGUUUCUAAAUUAGUUUUUAAAAAUUCAUUUGUCCUCUAAAUGCAUGUUUAGUCACAGCAUAUCAGUAUUGUAUUUUAAAGGUGCUUAGCAUCAUUUAAAAAAAAUACAUCAACAUAUUUUAAAUAACCAGUUAUUUUUUAAACCAACAGGGUAAUAUAAGUACAUAAAUUUUUCAGUAUCUAUAUUUGGCAUUCUCCUAACAGCUCUACAGCAAAGUCUAACAUAUGCUCUUUUGUGUCAUGUAUUACAAGGUGUAAUAUCUGUAGUAGUAAGUUGGACAUUCAAAAUAAGAAGUUAGAAAUUCAUAAUUACAGCUGAGCUUCUUUCUUCAUUGUAGUUGUUAUGUCCCAAAUCUCCAAGUGAACUUUAUAUAUACUACAAUGGAUUAUAGAUAAACACAGCCAUGGUGGGCUUUUCUCUUGAUAUUAAUUUUUCUUUAAACUGUUAACAUUCUUAAAUGAAAAAGCUAUUAUUUCUUAUACAAGCUAAGUAUUUUCUAAAGUCACAAAAGUGAUAGAAAACAGAUUUUAGGACCUGACCCUGCAUUAAAGUUUCUAAUUUGGGGGCCCACCAGCUUGUGUUUCAUCUUUAUAUUCUAUCAAAAUGCAUACUUAAUCAUGUGAGCAUGAGAUAGAUGCCAUUUAAUUUGUACCAGGUUUUUUUAAAAGUUUAAAAUUUGUGUGUACAUAUAUAUUGUAACUUAAUGUAUACUGUUCUUGUUAUAAUGUAAUUUUUUAAUAAAAAAUACUGUGCUCUUUUUCUUAAA